AACUUCAGAAGUAUUGAUGUGUUUUUGAUGACUAUGUCAGGAAACCAGGAAGAAAUACCAAAUCUUCUGAACAAGGGAAUGAACACAGGUCUGAAGCGAUAUCGAUCUCAAUUCCUACUUGAAUCUGAGAUCAAAAAACUUGAGCGUAUUAUUGGGCGGCGCGCAGACCCUCGUCUACAAAAACUGUGGGAACACUUGAAGAGUGGAACCUUCGACGUCGACCAAGUGCGCGAGUAUAUCAACAAACAACUCAAGCCUGUGCACCCCCCUGUACAAAGACGCAACAGCUUUGGCGCGCUGCUUAGGAAGGCGCGGAGACGGGGGAACAACAAACGCAAAAGCUCAGAGAGCGAGGUCAUAUUUGAUCGACCAAGCACCGAGUCGCGGCGACUACAAGAAAGCAAGGCGCGCGGAUGGAAGGAAUGGGGACCAUAUCUGUCCGAAAGACAAUGGGGCACUGUCCGGGAGGACUAUUCUUCGGACGGGAACUGUUGGGACUACUUCCCGCACGACCAGGCCCGGUCGCGCGCAUACCGGUGGGGCGAGGACGGAAUCAUGGGUAUCUCAGACGACAAGUGUCGGUUAUGCUUCAGCGUCGCCUUGUGGAAUGAGCAGGAUCCCAUCAUCAAGGAGAGACUAUUUGGCCUCACCGGAAACGAAGGUAACCACGGUGAAGAUGUCAAGGAGUGUUACUACUAUCUAGACUCCACCCCUACCCACUCGUACAUGAAGGCACUCUACAAGUACCCCCAGCAGGGGUUUCCUUACGCCAGCCUUGUCCGGGAAAACAGGGAACGGACCAAAGAGGACUCGGAAUUCGAGCUGACUGAUACAGGAGUUUUUGAUGAGGGGAGGUACUGGGACGUCUUCACCGAGUACGCAAAGAACACCCCAGGUGACGUCAUUAUCAGUAUUACUGUUGUGAACCGCGGACCUGACAGAGCGCGGCUUCACGUUCUACCGACCGUCUGGUUUCGAAACACGUGGUCAUGGGGCUGCAAGCACGAGGUGUGCACGCGCAAACCACGCAUUAAGCAGACCUCCCCGGGAACCGCCGAGUGUUGCCAUGACGACAUGGGGACAUACGUAUUCGCAGCGGACGCUGGACCGGACGGAGAGGAUCCGGAUUUGUUGUUUACGGACAACGAAACGAACUUCAAGCGUCUUUAUAAAGCCCGCAACUCUAAUCCGUAUGUCAAGGACGCUUUUCACCGGUACCUGAUCAACAAGGAGCUAGACGCUGUGAACCCUCGACUUGAAGGGACCAAAAUGGCUCCACAUUACGUCCUUGACUUGGCAGCUGGUCAGCGGUAUACCAUCCGAUGCCGCUUGUCGGCCCAGGACGAGCGAGUGCCGAUGCCAUUCGGAAAGGAUUCGUUUGACGACGUGAUAAAAACGAGAAAAGCCGAAGCAGACGAAUUCUUCAAAACUGUCAUCCCAGACUCCUUGACAGAGGAAGAAACACUCGUCUCGCGCCAGUCAUAUGCGGGCUUGCUGUGGAGCAAGCAGUUCUACUACUACAUCACAGAAGACUGGCUGAAAGGCGAUCCCAGCAUGCCCCCUCCUCCUCGCGCUCGCCUUAGUGGGAGGAACUCAGAAUGGAAGUAUCUCAGCAACUGUGACGUCAUUUCCAUGCCGGACAAAUGGGAGUAUCCCUGGUAUGCGUCCUGGGACCUUGCGUUUCACAUGCUUCCUUUUGCCAAGAUCGACCCAGAUUUCGCCAAGCACCAGCUACUGCUGUUCCUGAGUGACACUUACAUGGCACCAAACGGUCAAAUCCCCGCUUACGAGUUCGCCUUUAGUGACGUGAACCCCCCCGUCCAUGCGCUUGCUUGCUAUAGAGUCUACCAGAUGACUGCGGGAAAACGGGGGGGCAAGGAUAAAGCAUUCCUGGCCAAGUGCUUCCAGAAACUACUCCUCAACUUUACAUGGUGGGUGAACAGGAAAGACCCGGAUGGCCUUAACCUUUUUGGCGGCGGUUUUCUAGGGCUGGAUAAUGUUGGUGUUUUUGAUCGCUCCAAGACCCUGCCAGGAGGUGGUCGACUAUGUCAGGCUGACGGUACGGCGUGGAUGGCACUCUAUUGUAUCGUUAUGCUUAACAUCUCGCUGGAACUAGCGCUCGCAGACCCGACCUACGAGGACAUGGCCUUGAAAUUCUUCGAGCAUUUCACUCACAUUGCUGACGCCAUGAACAAAAUGUCGGACGGGUACGGACUGUGGGACUCGAUAGACGGGUUCUACUACGAUCAUUUUCACAGCGAUACCAGCGAGUCGUUCCCAUUGCGAGUGCGCUCAAUCGUAGGUCUGGUUCCUCUGCUAGCGUGCUGGGUCUUGGAUGGUGAGCAGCUCGACAAGCUUCCAGCCUUUCGAAACCGGUUAAACCAGUUCGUCGAGAAGAGGAAGGAGCUUGCGUUACAGAUCGUGUAUCCUCAUUCCAAGCAAGACCUACAGCUCCUGGCCAUCCCAUCGCGAGAACAACUCCACAGCUUACUGGCUUACAUGAUGGAUGAAGACGAGUUUCUGUCCGAUUUUGGUGUCCGGUCCGUGUCCAGGUACCACCUUAAGCGCCCAUACUGCCUGGAAUUGGAGGGCAAGUCGUACCAGGUGGAUUACGUGCCGGGCGAGUCCAACACGUACAUGUUUGGCGGCAACAGCAACUGGCGAGGACCUGUUUGGUUCUGUGUCAACCACCUGAUAGUAGAGGCUCUCAAGCGCUAUGACCAAUUCUACGGGGACAGCUUUCAAGUAGAAUGCCCAACUGGCUCUGGCAAGCUAAUGCGCCUGCGCGACGUAUCCCAAGAGCUCUCGCUCCGCCUGACCUCACUUUUCCUCCCAGACUCAACCGGGCGCCGGCCAUGCCAUGGAAACGAGGAGCAGUAUGCCGUUGACCCUGAUUGGAACCAGCUGGUUCUGUUUUACGAGUAUUUUGAUGGAGAUUCUGGACGAGGCUGUGGGGCCAGCCAUCAAACCGGCUGGACAUCCUUGGUCUCACUGUUGCUAGAAAAACUCGCUAAUGAAAGAUCCGAUAGGUGAGGUCAAAUGAUCUACCAGGCGACGUCGAGUGAUCCACUGAGUGACGUCGAGUGAUCCAUUGAGUGACUUCAAGUGAUCCACAGAGUGACAUCGAGUGACCCGAAAGGUGAGGUCGAAUGAUCCACUGAGUGACAUCAAGUGAUCCACAGAGUGACGUCAAGUGAUCCGAUAGGAGACAUCGAGUGAUGUUGCUCGCGGGAAGACCUACCAAGCUGUCGUCGAGUCCUUGCUAACAUACUACCGAGUUACGCUCGAGUAAGCAACUCGCCUCUAAAUGGACCCGCCGUCAAGUGAUCAACUAUCAGUGAUUUCAAGCUAUGUAAACUUGUUUGACUCCCUUCUUCCCGGUUGAACACUGUCACUGUCACAAGCACUGUCAACAAGAUCAUAUCUGCGCUAUAGGCAUUAUGUCCUUUGUCGAGGCUCUGGCGCCGAACACCCGAAAGCGUUACGAAGGACUACCGAAGUGAGGGCGUGAAACGCCGCCUCCAACAUCCAACCUCUUUCCCAGGCUUUUCACGGUCAAUCAACACAAAAUGGCUGUCGAUUUAAAAAUUAAAUAAAAUGGUGGCUGUUUUUUUUUUAUCUGAUCAACCAUCAUUUUCACAUCGACAGAGAUGACCCUGGGGAGGAACUGCAGUAUCGGACAAGUGACAAACCGCUUGUCAGUGUUUUUUUUUUAGCUGAGGAUUAAGUUUUGAGUUGUGAAGGGCGAAUGCUUAGAUGGGUGAUCAUAGUUUAAUUAGCACAGGCCUCUUUUUACAAUUAAAAGGGAACGGUCCACACUGGGGAUGCAAUAGGAAUACGGGAAUUCCAGGAAAACACAAGCGGGAUUAGGAAUGAAAUGUCCCACAGGCUCGGGAUUAAGGAUAAUGGGUUUUUUUUAGUAAUAAAAUGUUCGGGAUAACGGGUUUUUAGUAAUAAAAUGUUCGGGAUAACGGGUUUUUAGUAAUAAAAAGUCCGGAUAACGGGUUUUUAGUAAUCAAAUGUUCGGGAUAACGGGUUUUUAGUAAUCAAAUGUUCGGGAUAACGGUUUUUUUUAGUAAUAAAAUGUUCGGGAUAACGGAAUUUGGAGGGGUAACUGUGGACUCACAAGACUAGUAUUAUUUCGAUCUCAUUCUUUUGGCGACGUUGUUCGUCAUGUAAAAAUAUUUAUCCAAGUAUAAAUGCAUUCACACCAUUCAUGAUAUCUGCCCGUAGGUAUUUGAAAUGCUUGAAAAUUGUUAUUUUUUGUUGAAAUUCGAUUUUCAAAUUGUAGGAGUAAUUACAUAGGAUAAAUUAUAAACUUUUUAAUGAUUUGCCUUUGGAACUAUACAAUAAUUUAUUAUAUAUACUACA